AUGGUCAGCGACAUUCCUAAUGUUCCUGCAAGCAUUUCCUUCCCUGGCGAAGAAGAAAAAGUGCUGGCUUUCUGGAAAGAGAUCGAUGCAUUUGAAACAUCGUUGAAGCUUUCUGAAGGCCGCCCUCCAUUCUCAUUUUACGAUGGUCCUCCAUUCGCUACUGGUCGUCCACAUUACGGUCAUCUUCUUGCUGGAACAAUCAAGGACGUAGUGACUCGAUUUGCUCAUCUUAAUGGUCAUUAUGUGGAGCGCCGCUUUGGCUGGGAUACUCACGGCCUUCCAGUAGAGUACGAGAUUGACAAGAAGCUCAACAUUAAGGGUCCUGCAGAUGUUGCUGCCAUGGGAAUUGCAAAGUACAAUGCAGAAUGCAGAGCUAUUGUCAUGACCUAUGCUGACGAAUGGGAAACUACCGUUACUCGUAUGGGCCGCUGGAUUGAUUUCAAGAACGAUUACAAAACCUUGAAUAUUUCCUUUAUGGAAUCUGUAUGGUGGGUUUUUAAGCAGCUGUUUGACAAGGGCCAAGUCUAUCGAGGAUUCAAGAUCAUGCCUUACUCCAUGGCUGUUUGCACGCCUUUGUCCAACUUUGAAGCCAAUCAAAACUACAAGGAUGUCAUUGAUCCCGCCGUGGUGGUUUCCUUUCCAUUGACUUCGGACCCAUCCGUGUCGUUUCUGGCAUGGACUACCACGCCAUGGACUCUUCCUUCUAAUUUGGCGUUGUGUGUGCACCCCGAUUUCGAGUAUAUUCAGAUCAAGGAUGGUGAAACGGGUGCCGAAUGGAUUCUAAUGGAAAAACGUUUGGAUAUCUUAUACAAGGAUCCCAAAAAAGCAAAGUUUACUAUUGUGAAGCGAUUCAAGGGCUCGGAUCUCAAGGGUAUGACAUAUAUUCCUUUGUUCAACUACUUUGCUGAUCGCCCUGGAAAGUCAUUUGUGGUCAUCAACGAUACAUAUGUAACGGACGACAGUGGUACCGGCAUUGUUCACUCUGCUCCCGCCUUUGGUGAGGACGAUUACCGUAUUUGCAUGGCCAACGGUAUUGUUACCGGCGAGACUGAUCUGCCCUGCCCUCUGGACGCCUCGGGUAACUUUACUGAUGCAGUCAAAGAGUAUAAAGGUAUGAACGUUAAAGACGCCGAUAAACCUAUUCAAAAAGAUCUUAAAGCUCAAGGCCGUCUGAUUCGUCAAACUCAGUUGUCGCAUAGUUAUCCCUUUUGCUACAGAUCGGAUACUCCGCUGAUCUACAGAGCAGUGCCAUCGUGGUACGUCCGUGUUUCCAACAUUGUCGACAAGCUUACCACCAACAACAGCCAGUCAUACUGGGUUCCAGAUUUCGUGGGAGAAAAACGAUUCCACAACUGGCUUGCUAAUGCCCAUGACUGGGGUAUUUCUCGUAACCGUUAUUGGGGAACUCCCAUUCCUAUCUGGUCAAGUGAUGACAUGGAGGAGAUUGUUGCCAUUGGAUCUGUACAAGAGCUUGAGGAGUUAUCCGGUGUCAAAGGCAUCACAGAUCUUCACAGGGACAAUAUUGAUCACAUUACAAUUCCCUCCAAAAUGGGCAAGCCCGAUCUAAAACGUAUACCAGAAGUAUUUGACUGUUGGUUUGAGUCGGGUAGCAUGCCCUAUGCUCAGCAACACUAUCCUUUUGAGAACAAGGAAAAGUUUGAGGCCUCGUUUCCUGCCGACUUUAUUGCCGAGGGCAUUGAUCAGACUCGCGGCUGGUUCUACACUCUCACUGUGCUUGCCGCACAUUUGUUUGACAAGCCCGCUUUUAAAAAUGUCAUUGUCAAUGGUUUGAUUCUUGCGAGCGAUGGGAAAAAAAUGAGCAAGCGUCUUAAAAAUUAUCCCGAUCCAAUGGAUGUACUCAACAGCUAUGGUGCCGAUGUGCUACGUCUGUAUCUGAUCACAUCCCCUGCUGUUCGCGCUGAAAGUUCUCGUUUCCGUGAAGAGGGCGUUAAGGAUAUGAUUAGCAAGGUGAUGCUGCCUUGGUACAAUGCGUAUCGAUUUUUCUUUGCCCAGCUUGCUCUUUUAAAAAAAGAGCACAACUUUGAUUUUGUUUACAACUCUCAUCUGGAUCUUUCCAAGGAUCAAAACAUUAUGGAUAUUUGGAUUUUGGCAUCGACGCAAUCCCUUAUUGCAUUUGUCAAGCAGGAGAUGACUGCAUAUAGAUUAUAUACUGUGACUCCUCGCUUGUUGAAGCUAAUUGAUACACUUACCAACUGGUAUGUGCGCUUCAAUCGUAAGCGUCUCAAGGGUGAAAACGGUGUUGCCGAUGCUGAACGUGCACUUAAUGUUCUUUUUGAAGUGCUGUUUACUCUUUGUCGCUUGAUGGCUGCUUUUGCACCUUUCCUUACAGAAACCAUGUAUCAGAAUCUCAAGACUUGUAUUCCUGAAACCAAGGAAGAUACUCGCAGUGUUCACUUUUUGCUUUAUCCAGAAGUAAAACAGGAGUAUUUUAAUGCAGAUGUGGAACGUGCUGUGGGUCGCAUGCAAACUGUGAUUGAAUUGGGACGAUUUAUCCGUGAGCAACAGACUUUGUCGCUCAAAACCCCAUGCCGUGAACUGAUUAUUAUUACUCCAGAUGAGCAAUUCCACAAGGACAUCAGAUCUCUUGAACAGUACAUUCAGGAAGAACUCAAUGUACGUACAGUUACGGUGACUGCCAAUGAAGAAUCCUAUGGUGUCAAAUACAAGCUUGUAGCAGAUGCCAAAGCUCUUGGUACGAAAUUCAAAAAGGACGCAACCAAAAUUCGCAACGCAUUGCCUGAACUUUCUAUAAAUGAGAUCAAGGAGUUUAUGGCUAAAUGCUCAUUGAAUGUUCAAGGAUUUGAAAUCACUUCAGAGGAUGCGCAAGUGACGCGGUACUUUGAUAACAGCCAUAGUGGUUUCCAUGCCAAUUUCACCAACGAAGUUCUAGUUAUCUUGGAUACCACGUUGGACCAGGAACUCAUUCAAGAAGGACUUGCCCGUGAGCUUAUUAAUCGUAUUCAGCGUUUGCGCAAGAAGGCUGGAUUGCAGCCAGUUGACGACACUCUGUAUUACUAUGAGAUAUUAAGCGAUCCUGAUAACCAACUCGCGAAUAUGAUUGUUGCUCAGGAACAAACGCUUGUGCGAUAUCUCAAGCAGAAAAUUGGAGUGUCGACUGCUUUGCUUGACAGUACCCAAGUGAUUAUCAAGGAAGAGCAAGAGGUGAAUGGAUCCAAGUUUAUACUGGUCCUGGCUAAACAGCACUAGGCCUGUUUAAAUCUCGGGGUUUUGGGUUGGGUUGAAGUGGAUAGUUGAGAUACAGAAACAUUUUCCUGCAUGUGAGGUUGUUUAGGCAGAUUUUUUGAAAACGUGUAGAUCAAUGUUCCAAUAAACACAAAUGCUGCACCGA